AUGGACGCUUCAAUAUUAAGUGUGCAUUGGCACGAAAACAGCGAACCUAUUUAUAGUGUUCAUUUUCAACCAAAUCGUGAGGGAAAUCACUCUGAGAGACUAGUUACAGGUGGUGGGGAUAAUAAUGUUCGUCUCUGGAAAAUAAAUAACAGCACUGAUGGGAAACGUGUAGAAUAUUUAUCCACAUUAGCUAAACAUACACAAGCUGUCAAUGUUGUGAGAUUUGAUCCUAAAGGUGAAAUAUUGGCAACUGCUGGUGAUGAUGGUACAGUUUUGUUGUGGACUUUAAGUGAGUCAAUUGUUAGGGAAUUUGGUCAAGAAAUGGAUGAAGAUGUUCAAGAGUCAUGGAUAUUAAGACACGCGUGUAGAUCAAGCACAUCAGAAGUAUACGAUUUAGCUUGGUCUCCAGACUCAAAGUAUAUCAUCACAGGUUCAACUGAUAAUGUAUCAAGAAUUUAUGAUGCUUCAAAUGGACAACAGAUUUCUCAAAUUGCUGAGCAUAACCAUUUCGUUCAAGGUGUUGCCUGGGACCCACUUGGUCGUUAUAUUGCUACACAAUCUGCUGAUCGUUCAGUACAUAUCUAUUUAUUGAAUAUUGUUAGCUCCAAAGAUCAAACUCUUUCACCAACAGUUUUUUUCAAGAUUUCCAGAACAGAAUUACCUACAAGAUCAUCAACUACAAGCACGUUGAUGGGUCCUCCAACACCUGCCAAGUCACACAGCGAAGAAGAUUCUACUAGUCGAGGUUCAACUGUGGAAAUCCCAGAGUCAAGUGCCAAACCUCAAGCAACGGUAGCGUCAUCUGCUUCACCAACCACAGCAUCUAGCUCGUCAAUGAAAUCACCAAGUCCAUCACCAUUACCUGCCGUCAGAUCACAAAAUGCUCCUUUAUUGAAUUUCAAUAACUUGAAAAAUUCAAUGUUAUACCAUACUGAAAAUUUGGAAUCAUUUUUCAGAAGACUUUCAUUCUCUCCAGAUGGUAACUUUUUGUUCACACCCUCAGGUAUCUUCAAAAACUCUGUCAACUCAGAGGACUCCAAAGAAGAAAUCAUCAAUACUGUUUAUAUUUAUUCUAGAAGUGGGUUAAACAAACCUCCAAUUGCACAUUUACCUGGCUUAAUUAGACCUGCCCUUGCUAUUGCAUUUUCACCAGUCUUCUAUGAACUAGAUAAGAAUGAAGCAAAGGGUCCAAUAUUUCAACUACCUUACAAGAUGGUUUAUGCUGUUGCUACACAGGAUUCAGUUAUAGUGUAUGAUACACAACACUCUGCUCCGUUAGGAACGGUUUCAAACAUACAUUAUAGAACAUUGACAGACUUGGCAUUCAACAGUGAUGGUAAUUCGAUUGUUAUUUCAGCAGCAGAUGGGUUUUGCUCAUUGAUAACUUUUGAGCCAAGUACGCUAGGAACAAAAUUGAGUGUGGAUUAUAAAUCAUUACUCCCCGUAUCUAAAGAAAAUAAUGAACACAAUAAUAAAAUGCAAUCACCAUCACAAGUCAAGAAAAGACCAAACAAUGGUAUAAUGGAAAUAACAGGCUUGGUUAAAAAGAAGGUAAAACCAGAAGAACCAAAAACAACUGAAAAAGUGGAAAGAAUUUCAGUUCAGCCAUCAAUCAAACCAGAGCAAGAGCAAAAACCAAAAGAGAAUGAGAUUAUUACAAUAGAGGAUAAUGCCGAACCACAAAUGAUACACACUCCACCGGUUAAACAAGUGAAAAGAGUUGCACCUAUUUUAGUUGAAGAUAAAACUUCAGAAACACCCAAGUGA